GUCUUACCAGCUGGAUAUUCUGACAGCAGUUACACGGAUCUGUGAGAGAGGGACCUCAGCAGAGCUGCGUUGUUGCUAUUUUGUUCCACUUUACUGAUCCUACCAGGGCUGUGUUUUCAUUCAUUACAGUUAGAAACCUUUGUGUCUUUAAGUUAAUGCAAAAUUAGAGCGCUAAUGUUCAGUUAGCCUAGCCUGUAGCUAGCAUUAGCUGUCACAGCUUCGUGGCAGCUGUCACGCCAUCAUCAACUUCAGGUACAUCCUGCUGAGGACAGGUGAGGUUUUUCUGAAGACGGAGAGGAUCUGUAUGAGGUCUCUGUCUCUUCACUGCAGUCAUGGCCAGUCCAAAUGAUCUUCAGUUUCAAGAGUUUGAAGAAGCGGCAGAACUUCUGUCUGCUGACCCCGGAGCGUCCACACUCAGCAUGUCCUCCUCUAAUGCAAACAACAACACUGCAGCCCCAGGAGGAGGAGGAGGAGGAGGAGAGGAGGUCAAACUGGACCUGUCAGAGGACGAGGAGGGCCAGGAGGAGAGUUCAGAGCUGUUAGGAGGACAGAAACCUACCGGUGGAUUCUGGACCUUUGAGUACUAUCAGUCCUUCUUUAACGUGGACACUGUGCAGGUCCUGGACAGAGUUAAAGGCUCCAUGAUGCCGUUACCAGGAAAAAACUUCAUCAAACAUCACCUCAGGAGCAACCCUGACCUUUAUGGUCCGUUCUGGAUCUGUGUGACCCUGGUCUUCUCCGUAGCGAUCAGCGGGAACUUGUCGACCUUCCUGAGUCAGAUGGGAAACUCAGAGUAUCACUACAGACCGCAGUUCCACAGAGUGACGAUAGCUGCAGUCGUCAUCUUCUUAUACGCCUGGCUGGUACCGGUCGGCCUGUGGGGUUUCCUGACCUGGAGGCAAGGGGCUGAGAGGCAAGUCGGAGGAUAUUCCUUCCUGGAGACCGUUUGUGUCUACGGGUACUCGCUCUUCAUCUACAUCCCCACUUCAGUUUUAUGGAUCAUCCCGUUCGAGUGGUUGCGCUGGACGCUGAUCCUGAUUGCAAUGGUGAUCUCCGGGUCUGUCCUGGUCCUCACAUUCUGGCCCGUCGUCCGCGAUGACACCAAGGUGAUGGCGGUGGCUACAGUCGCCACCAUCGUGGUUCUGCACACACUGUUAGCUGUCGGCUGUAAGAUGUAUUUCUUCCAGACAGCCUUACACAUACCCCCAGCUCCUCACCCUACGUUGCCCCCGGCUCAUGCCACUUUAUACACCAUUUCUCAAUGACCACCAGGGAGGAAGGCGAGGAGACGAAGGACGUCUGUUAGAGUCCAGCGGACACAAAGACGUGGAGAGUCGGGGUGUUAACUCCUCGGUUUGAUGAAGAGACGAUCAGCAUGUUUGUCUAAUUUAUUUGUAGGGUUCAACUGAGACUGAGGAGCACUUUCUCACCCUAACAAUUGUACAUUUUACCCUGAGGGUUCAUCUCAUCAGUCUGACGUGGUUUCCUUUCUACUGUGACCUCCCUCAUUUCACCAGCAACGUCUAAACACAGGUUUAAAGGAUGAAAACAUGAGGAAUGAUUAAAGCAUUAGAACAUAGAAUCAGAAAAUCCCUCUGGUUAGUUUUUCUUUGUAGUAGCUAUCAGACGGACGCUGACUCAGCGCUGUGAAUGUUUUCAUGGAUUUUAAAAAUGUCUGCUGAAGCUCUCUGUAGGAAACAUGUAAACCGCCUACUUUAUCUGCUUUAAUUUCACUUUGAUUUACUGUAAUCCGAAGAAAAGGUUCAUCUCUGCAGGAUUAUUUAUUUCCUUCUGUGAGUCUGUUCUGAGUUUUUGUUAAUAAAUUCACAAACUACGA